UCAACAGAGAGGGGCACACAGGCGACCACGCUCUCCUGCCAAACCUUAACUGUGUGUGUGUGUGUGUCUGCAUUUCUUUUCUCCCCUUAAAUGAAGAAGAAGGAAACUGAGUCACCAUGUGGCGCUGUUGGAUGCCCUUAAUCUUGGCUUGGUUGUCCAUGGCAACCCCGACACUCUGCCAAAGUGGGGAUGUUGACUGGGGUUCAGGCUUUGACGUUGAUCCUGCCAUAAUGUCCACCAACGACACGUCGCAGGCAGCCGGUGACGAGUCUGUGAGGAUGGAAAACAAUCAUGACUCUCACACAUUAGUAGCAUUUCCAUCAUCAUCUCCCACGCUGCACCACGAGCCCCAACCGGACAGGUGCUCCCUCUACUUCAGCACCAACGCUGCUUUGGCGCGACGGCCGAAGGCUCAGAGAGAGGAGCUGGCCUAUCUACAGGCCAUUCAGCACGGGAAUGAGGCGGUAAUGGAGAACUUGGCACAGUUCGUGGGGGCAGAGGUGGGAGAUCAGAGGUACGAGGACGUGAUCGAGGAGAACAUUGCCGGCACCCAGGAGGAACACAAGAGGUGUCACGAGGUGGUGGAGAAGGCUGAGGAAGAUCUGGAGAAGCAGCUGAUGGGAGACACGUUGGACGCCCUCACUGGGAUGCAGAAAAUCAGAGAAGAGACCUCAGCUUUCGAGGACAUGUUACGUGCUGCAGCAGACAUCGCCAACAGGCUGGAGAUCUCAUCGCAGGCCCUGCAAGCCUCAUUCACCCAGCAGUUAAAAGACAUCAUCAAAAUCCAUCGCUAAGGAAGUGUUGACACGGCUUUAAAACAUUUCGUCCUCUAACUUUCUGGAUGACAUUUGAUAUCCUGUGUGAGACUCAAUAAACUGAAAAUAAACCUUCCUUCAAUUUUAUAAGUUAUUUUGCAACACUGAGAUACAAUGAUUUGUCAAGGUUGGCCAUUUCAUCAAGUUUAAGAUUCUACAUUUUUUUUAUUUCACAGAAGCUUAUAACCCAUAAAAUCCACCCAAUUAUUUUCCAUCCAGGUUUAUUCCUGAGGUCAAACAUGGCAGCAGUAUGUGACUGCAGCUUUGAGCAAAGUUAAAUGUGUUUAUGGAUCAAACCAGAUUGGCCUUCAGAGAGCAAACAUAAUGACUGUUAGUCUUCUCCAGAGGAAGCUAUGGGUCGGCCAUCUGUUUCAAGGUUGAGGAUGGAGGUCGGGAUAUGCUUAAGAUGACGAGUGUGUUUCAAUGGGGGUUUUGUUUUUGCAACAACAAAACAAGAAAACCACAGGGUCAAGGAUAUCUGUGUUUGGAGGAAACUGUGCAAACUAUACCUGUGGUUGAUGGACACGAUUGUAUAAAUGAUGAGACGGCUCCUGUCCUCAGGAAGAAUUAAAUAUAAGACUAUAAGCAACUUUGAAUAUGCACAUUGUGUAUUUGUUGGAUUU